AUUCAACGGUGUUUGACCAGACAACGGAUGGGGGUGGCUGCUCCUUUCUUCCGUCCGCCUUUUGAAGCUCCGUUCAUGGCGUCUCCAUCUUCUCCCUUCUUGAACCACCUCCGUCUCCUUCGAUGCUCUCCAUCUCUCAUCAUCACCAUCUCUUUUCUCCAGCAGUAGAGCAAAGCAAGAAUCGCACCCAAGACGUCAGAGAUGAAUCCUGAAUCGGCGUCGCCCGCUACCAUCUCCUUCUCCUUCUUCUUUGCAGUUCUUUCUCUCUCUGCUUUCUCCCCAACUUCCGCCGCCGCCGCCGCCGCCCCCGCAGCGUCCGUGAACCCAGCGACAUGCCCUCUGGAUUUCAGCUACGUGCGCACAAUCCCUUGGGACACUUCGAAUUGCCAACACCCCAGCUUCAAACCCAACGCUUCCCUCAGCGACAAUUCUAAGGACCCCUGUUGCCAGAACCUCCUGUCCCUCCUCGGCGUUGGUUUGGCUCAGAGGCUCCGACAGACUUCCCUCUUCCAACUCCCAGACCUCAACUCCUCCAUUUCUUGCCUCCAAGGCUUUCAAUCCGCCCUCACUUCUCUCGCUCUCCCCACCGAUCUUGUUUCCUACUGCCUCGACCCUUCGCAGUUCCUCAUAACGCCCUAUAGUUGUGCCCACAUUCAUUCUACGCAGGACUGGGUCAGGGAACUCGGCAACUCGACUGCUCUUGAUUCGGCCUGCAAGCCCGACCUCACUGUUUUGACCAACUGUGACCAGUGCGUGUCUGCUGGUUUGAGUAUCCAAUCCCAGCUGCAAUCCAUCAGUGGUAAUAAUCCAAAUACUACGGAUUGCUUUUAUUUCACUGUUUUGUAUGCUGCUGGUAUUGUCAAUGCUUUCGGGCCCAAGGGUUUGUAUGGCUUGCUGACGUGCAUUAUGGCAUUGUCAACCGAUAACCAAGGGAGCUUGGCUAGUAAACGGCACACUAAUCUCGUUUUUGGCUUGAUUGGGGCUGGUGUCGCAGUCAUAGUCAUGUCUUGUUUGCUGGGUUUGUACUUUUGGUUUGAUAGGAUGUGGAAGAGGAGGAGGAGAAUUCAGGGGUCUAAUGCAGAUUAUAGUCUUGACCCGGAGGAAUCAGGGUCUAGGGCAAGACCAAGGCCUAACAUAGGGUGUAUUUGUUUCACAAUUCGCGAUCUUGAGAAAGCAACCAGCAACUUCUCGCAGAAGAAUUUCAUCAGGCUGGGGGCUUUUGGAUUGGUUUUCAAGGGAGUUCUAUCUGAUGGGACGGAGGUUGCCGUCAAGAGAAUUAUCGAAUCAGAUUUCCAGGGGGAUGCUGAGUUUUGCAAUGAGGUCGAGAUUAUUAGCAAUUUGAAGCAUAGGAAUUUGGUGCCACUUAGGGGAUGCUGUGUGGUAGAGGGAGAUGACGAUGAUGAUUAUGAUGAAAUGAGUGGCCAGAGAUAUAUUGUCUACGAUUACUUGCCAAAUGGUAAUCUCAAUGAUCAUCUUUUCCCAUCGCCCGAUAAUCAAAGUAGGAAAAAGACACUGACCUGGCCUCAAAGAAAAAGCAUUAUUUUGGACGUGGCAAGGGGGCUUGCUUAUUUGCACUAUGGGGUGAAACCUGCAAUAUAUCAUAGAGACAUUAAAGCGACAAACAUUUUGCUGGAUGCAGACAUGAGGGCAAGAGUCGCAGAUUUUGGGUUAGCAAAGCAAAGCGGAGAAGGACAAUCCCAUCUUACUACCAGGGUGGCUGGAACUCAUGGCUAUUUGGCUCCCGAGUAUGCACUUUAUGGACAGCUGACUGAAAAGAGUGAUGUCUAUAGUUUCGGAGUGGUUGUUUUGGAAACAAUGUGUGGUAGAAAGGCUCUUGAUUUGUCUUCUUCAGGGUCGCCACGGGCAUUUCUGAUAACAGAUUGGGUCUGGUCUCUGAUAAAAGCUGGGAAGAUAGAAGAAGCAUUUGAUCCUUCGUUGUUGAAAGCUGGAGAGUCUACAAAUUCGAACCCAAAGGGCAUAAUGGAGAGAUUUGUGCUGGUUGGAAUACUGUGUGCUCAUGUUAUGGUGGCUCUAAGGCCAUCCAUUUUGGAUGCACUGAAAAUGUUGGAAGGAGAUAUUGAAGUUCCUUCCAUCCCAGACAGGCCAACUCCCCUGGGACACCCAUCGUAUUGUGGCGAUAGCAACACUUUCGGCGUAUCACCUGCCUUAAGUGGGCUCAAAUUGAGCCCUGGAGACAUGCUCAGGUAACGGUAGUUGGGAAAAGUUGAAUGAUUGACCCCAUAUGUUUUAGACUGCUUAAAAGGUGCAUAGAUAAGGAAUUGUUCAUUGGGCAUCAAUAUAAGGAAGUAUGAGUUGGUUUUUUUAAAGUACUGGGUAAAAAAAGGUCCCUGCUCUGUAUACAGCCUUGUAAGAGUUGUGUACCAUGUACCACAGAAUAUCUGGCUAUCAAGAGUUUAUUCACAUGACCUCUGAAUUAGGAUAUAGUUCUAAUUACGAGAGACAUAUGGCUUUCAGCAUCUCUGUUGGAUCAGACUUGAUAGCUGUACUCCUGUUCUGUCCUAUCAGAAAGUUGGACAAUUAGGCAGGCAAAUUCACUUUAUAAGACAGGAAGAUGCUGAAUUUAAUAUCUGAAUAUUGCCUAUUCUUGCAUCUUUUCUUCCUUUAGGUGGUGAAUAUUAGUAAUAAAGAUAUGCUUAUAUAGGAAAUUUAGAGUGGUAUACGGUGCUUCAGAUCUGAUCUUGGGUCUUCCAUUCAUGCGAAGUCAAGUUUAAUUGGCUAGAUGACAAGAAGGAAGUGAACAAAAUGACCGAUUGCGGGAUAUAGAUGUCCUCAUUUUGUCUUCACUUGUUGGUGUUGCCAACUUGGAAAAAAA